AUGGCUCAGACAGGAGGAAGGCCGUGGACGUGGAGCAGAGAGGACAGGACUGGUGUGCUUCAGCUGCUGGAGACGGGGCCAGAGCCCUUUAACACAAACAACACAAACACAAACAGUGUGAGGAGCUUCCCACCGCCUGGCACCGUGAUGAUACAGAUGAUGAUCCAGGUGAUGAUCCAGAUGCGGACCAGUAGACGUACAUGUCGCCUCCUUCAGCUGCUGCCUCAACUGUGCUGUCAGAUGAACGACUCGGUUUCCCAGAAAGCCACUCCGCGCAGGCGCAGAACGCGUUGCCUGACAGUGAAUUCAAUUCGUCACAAUUUAUCACUCCACAACAAGUUCCUGAGGGUUCACAAUGAGUCCACAGGCAAGAGCUCCUGGUGGAUGCUCAACCCGGAAGGAGGGAAGACCGGGAAAGCUCCUCGCCGCCGGGCCGCCUCCAUGGACAACAGCAGCAAACUGCUGAAGAGCCGCAUGAGGGCCAAGCAGACCAAGAAGCAGGCGGGAGCAGCCGGCCUGGGGGGCGCUGGAGGGGUGCAGGGUGACGGCAGCACGGGCUCAGCAGGCGCAGACAGCCCUAAUUCAUCCCAGCAGUUUCCCAAAUGGGGGGUGAACAGCAGCAGCCCCUCGUCCCGCGGCAGCCUGGAUGACGGCGACAUGUGGACCACGUUCCGCCCACGCACGAGCUCCAACGCCAGCACCCUGAGCGGACGCCUGUCCCCCAUCGCCCCUGGACAGGAGGACGAUGACAACCUGCCCGAGGACUCACUGCUGGGGAGAUACACUGCCAGCAGCUUGACCCCCACCCUCACAGAGACACUCAUGGAGGAGCUGGAUCUGAUCGACGGCCUCACAUUGAUGACGGGGCAGCAGGGAGGCGCCAGUCCCAGUACAGCCCCCCCUGCACCUCCCACUCCGCUGCCCUCCGCCUCCACUCUGCUGCCUCGCGGCUCCAGCUUCUCCUCCUUCCAUCAGCUGCAGUCAUCCAACCUCCCGCAGCCCCCCGCUCACACCGGGACCCAGGCCUCCAUCUCUCAGUGUGGUCCCAGCAGCAAAGAGACGACGACCUUCAGCAACUCCCUCUUCAACCCCAUGUCCGGCUCCGGCUCUCGUGGGAGCGGCCAUUACAGCACCCACGUGCCUUCCAGCCUGGAGGCGCUGCUCACCUCCGACUCCCCUCCUCCGAGCGACGUCCUGAUGACCCAGGUGGAUCCCCUCAUGCCCAGUCCUGGAGGGGUGGGCAUGAUGGGCAUGGGCACGUCCGUGGUGGGUGUGAGGUCCAAACCCAAUCAUCUGCUGUUGGGUAAAGGGCUGGAGCCGAACACGGUGGCACCCAUGACGCUGCAGCAGCAUCACCUUCACCAGCAGCAGCAGCAACAGCAGCCGCAGCAACAACACCAGCAUCACUCUCAGAUGGGGUUGGGGAUGAUCCUCUCAGGUAUGUCUCAGGACCCAUCACAGCUCUCUGCUCUCAAGGCCCAGCAUGCCACGGUGCCAGCGGGGGGCUCUCACCACGUCGCCUCAGCCAACCCCAGCGUGAGCCUGCAGGGGAUGAGUCAGUUCGGAGCUCCGUCCUGCUUCCCGACCGGUCAGGACCGACUGCCCACAGACUUGGACAUUGACAUGUUCACCGAAAAUCUGGAUUGUGACGUGGACUACAUCAUCAACAGUGACCUCAUGGACGGAGAUGGCAUUGACUUCAACUUUGACCCCAUACUGCCUGGAGGCCAAGGCUACGCAGGCCCAGCCACCACACAGGGCUCCGCUCACAGCUGGGUACCCAGCUAAUUCCUCCGCUGACCACACGCAGUUAGCCAGGAACUGAUCACCAAUCAAGAUAACCUCACAGAAUGAUAAAGCGACCGGUGCAUUACUCCUCCCUGCUGGCUGGAGAUACUAUUUUCAAAUACGAUGCUUCACUUUAAAGACAAAACCAGACCUCACCCAUGUCAUGUGCCAAGACAUGCAGAGGACAGGGAGGAGAUCCAGGCUACUAUGCACAAUUUUUGUCCCUUUUUGUUUUUUAAAAAAAAAUAACACCUGCAACGAUUUGGCUGCUAGCCGUUUUUUUUUCUUUCUUUUAAUCUGAACUGAUGAUUUUUAAAAACGUGUGACAUAAAGUUUUUAGAGUGAAAAGACAAAUCAUUAACUUCCCUCUGCUGGGAGUUUAUAUUUCAGUUACACCAGAAUAGCUUUAGGGUGGAUACGGUACUCAAUGGCUUUGGUAUUGAAGACUCAAUGGACUGUGUGUGUUUGGAGAAAUGGCCAGUUUUCCACUGACACUUGCCUCGCAUGAACUUGCCAGACCAAAUGCUGUUUGAUCGUCUGAAUAAAGGUGCCCCCAACUCUGCCGCACCACGACAAAAAGGGCUUCAUCGCAGGAGUCGGAGAAAACGUUGAGGAUUGUGAACAGGUGGAAGAUAAAGACCGGACGACUGGAGGUAUAAAAAGAUUCAGCAUUGGCUACACAUCUCCCCCAAAUGUGUCCUCGGACUACGGUAACAUGUACGAUUUUUUUCUCACUUUAGAGGAAAAAAGGAAAAAAUAUAUUUUCUCCAAUGAAAUUUGGUGGUUCAACAGUUAAGAGGGUAUGUAUUUGCAGUUUGGCAUUUUUGGUGUUAAGGUAGAUGUCAGUUAGAGGGUGUGUUUGUUGUUUUUUUUUUAGAAAUCCCUGAUGUGCAGUUAAACUAACAAGAUGAAGAAAUGUGAUUUGUGAAUUUAUUACACAGGGCAUUCAAGGGUAAAUUUAUUUGCCAACAAGUGAUUGGUUGGCCAAGUAUUACAUGUCUCAGACAGCAGUAUGCCUCCAUUGUCAAAUGGUCUAACUGUUCUUUUUAUCGAGCCUGUGCGUUUUCAAAGCACUUAGGUUCCUGCGACACGGGAACCCAGAACGAGGAGAAUACAUCCACAUUAGGUUUUUACCAUUUCAUAAAAAGAGAGUUUAAAUUCUGUAAAGAAAACAACAAUUUUAAUGUACAUGUUGCACACGUACACAAUGACACGCUAUGCAGAUUUAUCAGGAGAACUAGAUAAAAACCUUGAAGGAAAUCUGAAAAAAAAAAACACUUCUUGAAGGGUUUUGCUAUUUAACAUUUUCCUGAUAUCUUGUCUGGGGGGGUUCGAGGGGGGCCGUGGGUGUCAGAAUAUUCUCUCACACUUUUAAUUAUUCAGGACUUCAAUUAUUCAGUUCAAGGAAUUAAUUCACUGUGUGAGAAGUACAAAAAAAAGAAUAUAUUUGAUUAUAGUUUUAAUAUACAAUUUAGAUGGAGGUAAUAAAUGAGAUAUUAAUACAUAUGAAUAUAUUACUAAUGACAAGUGAUGUUUUUUUACAUUGGAAGAAGCAUUUUCAGAUAAUUUCUAACGGUAAUUUUCUAUACUUUUAUUUUUGUAAAGGAUGAGAUGCAUGUAGAUUUUUUUACAUAACCAAAGGAACACUAAUAUUUGCAUUUGCAUGGCAUUUAGGGAGCGCUUGGGCCUGACACAGUAUCUCGGUGUACAUAAGCUUUGCAAAAGAUGCCUGUAACAUGAAAUCUGACUUUGAAAGACGAGCGAGGCAAAGUGCAUCUAUACUUGACCGUUUGAACUCAAAUUCCCAAUGAUCUGCCUCAUUAUCUUCUGCAUUAGUUGUGAAUCCAAGUUUAAAAAGAUCUGCGCUGAAAUGUGGCACAAUGGAAAGAGAAACCUUCACUGUCCCACUUUUCAACCUGCCGCCAGAAUUCUCAUCUCAAAACGAGACUAAUACAACCGUUACCUCUCAGGGUUGCUCGCAAGAAAAACAACGGGAAAACAAUUCUGCUCAGACGUUAUCAGAUCACGAGACAAACAACAGCAAAAAAGUAUAUUUAUUCUACACAUUUUCUCUGUUACUACAGACUGGAAACCAUCAACAUUACGUCUUUGUUUUGUUUUCCUGGACACGUUUCUGUCGAGUUGAUCUCAAAUUUGACUUCCCUUUGUUAGAGAAAUGUAUUCUAGCUCUCCAGCCAUGUAUAUCAGUACUAGCCUUUCCCUUGGUUUAUUUUUUUUUGACUGCCAAUAUUUAAAACACUAUAGCAUGAUGUUACUCUGUAGCAAGAUGGACUUUAUUUUGUCAUCUCCCCCCCUUUUAAAAUUCUGUGUUUUGUGUUUGUAUUUAAUUUCUUUGUUUAUAACCGUCAACUUUUUUGUGAUCAGGAAUAACAUCCCUGCAGUUUAAAAUCCUAAUAUUCAUCAUUUCACUGUAGUUAUGUCGAUAUGUUAGUCUCUGAUUUGUAUAAAGCACUCUUCUACUUCUUCUUCUUUUUGUUCCACAGGUGUUUUUUUUUUCUUUUUGAAUGGUGCUAGAUGUCAUUUGUGACGUAUCCUGUACGCCAUGAUACAAUGGGUGCAUAUCAGGACCUUUUUGAAUUUUCUGUAUACGGCACAAGGAUCUUGAUUUGGUGUUAUCAAUCCACAGUCCUUACCCCUCUUUGUUUUUAUGUUUAUAUAUAUAUAUACCCCCCCUCCCCAAACUGGUCACUUAAGUAAUUCUGGAAACUGAAGACCAGCUUGUUGAAAAUGCAUGAUUUUCUUCUUAUUUUAAAUCAUAACGGAAUCAUUUUUAGGAAAGUUGUAUAUGCAACAAAUCCCCCAGUUCCUCUGAACUAAUGUCCAGGUGUUGGAGAUGUUAUGAACAGUUGUUAGGACGCACAGCAGCAUGUAAGAGGAGGAGUGGUGGUCGGUUUGUGAGAACCAGCUGCACCAGGCUUGAUGUCUCUAGUUUACUGUUGCCUCCUAAAAGAACAGGGCAGGUGUGGUGUUAUUACUUCCCUUGUAUCUCCCCCUCUAUGUAAUUACAACUAUCUACAUAUUGUUUUCUUUAAACUAGCAGUUAGUCCCUGUAUGUUUGUUUUUAAAUUUGAAAUUGCCCCAUUUGAUGCAACAUUUUAGUAUUCAGCGAGGGUGGGUUUUUUUUUUUUUUUUACUUACUAAUUUUCCCAUAGGGGUGGGUGGGGUUGACAGGUUAUGAUGAGUUGUGCAUAAGCCAAUUAUGUUUAUGAUUUUUGAUUGUUGAUAGAAACCCCCUUCCCCUCCCCCCUUCAGUCUUUUUUUUCUUUACACAUUGUAAAGUCAGCCAGAGAUGACAAACAGUUCUGAACAGCAGAAAUAAAUUCAAUAAACUGUUUAACCCACUUUGUCUGAA